CAGGUAUUGAGGUUAGGUUUGCAAGCCAGGGUAAAACCGGGCGCGUGUUUUUCUGGCUAAAUUCUCGUGAAAUCACUAUUCCUGGCCGGCAAAAUGGACUUCAAUUCUUUGGUACAGCAGGCCCAGAGGCUAACCAAUGAGGUGCAGAAUACGGAAGACAUCCCACGGAUGGAGAGAACACUGCCGCAGGUUCUCUUAGCAGCGCAGGAGCUCCAUUCGCGCGUCACCCAGUCUGAGAUGGGCUCUCAGGAUGCUCAGGCGCAUAUUAUGCUCGGAUCUAAGGGAAUUGAUCUGCCAAAGAUCACGCAGAAGCUGGAGACGCUAAGCUCCCGGAAGACUUUUGAGCCGCUCGAACCCAUCGCAGAUACGGACAUUCAGAGCUUCCUGCGCAAUGAGAAGGAAAAUGCCAUCCUGUCGGUCAUUGAGGAGGUUCACAAAGAGACCUACAAGAGUGCUCAGAAGCAAAAAUGGGAUCACAUUGUGUCCGAUUGGAGGGAGGAGAAGGUAAAGCUGAUGAAUGCCCUCAUUGGAUCGUCGCAGGGAUGGAUUGAGAUUCAAAAGGGUCCAGAGCAGACAAUUCUCAAUGAAACCUCCCUCACGGGACGCUCGUGUCUCAGCAGCCAGGAGAUGGCCUACGCGAAGGAAGUUCUGGAGUACAAUCGGCUCGUGAUUGAGGGAGUUUUGCGCCCGAAUCUCGUGCAAAAGUUCGCCCUGGUUGCGGAGGAGUUCAAUGAUGCGAAGAUCACGGAGAUGUGGGAGAUUAUCAAGUAUAUGGUGAAUGUGAUGCCAGCACCGAGGAAUCAGGAUCCACUGCGCCAGAGAUCCCAGAGUGGGCAGCUCGUGCAGCAGGCUAAGAAGUACCUGGAGCACCGGUACAAGGUCUACAUGUCCACGGUUGUGUCUGAACACCUCCGGGAGGCUCAGCUGGGCGGUGUUCCCAACACCUUUAACCUCGUGAGCGCCUUUGUGCGCCUCAAGUUUGGGGAUGUGGACAAUCUCAACUACAUUGGGCUCCAGGAUGGACGGAUUGAUGGGAAGCCCAUCUGGCCAAUGGUUUUCUACUGUCUCCGCUGUGGGGACAUCCAGGCGGCGCUGAAGUGCCUCGAAUUCAUCGGCCCGGGGCAUGAGGACGUCGUCCAGGUGCUGGAAGAGAAGUUCCGGAAGCCGGAGCAGCGAAUCAGCUCGAAGUUGGAGCAGCAGAUAAAGAUGCAGUACAAACGGCAGAUCCGGAAUGCCACAGAUCCCUUCAAGAGGGUCGUCUACUGCAUUGUGGGAUCGUGUGACAUUCACGAGCAACACCAGGACAUUGCUAAAACCUCCGAUGACUUCCUCUGGAUUCAGCUUUCGCUCAUUCAAAUGGAGGCGGAGGCAAAUCAGGAGAUUCUCACGUAUUCGGGGCUUCAAACGAUGAUCCUGGAGCAGUAUGGGGAGAAGCAUUUCAACGCUAAUGAUCAGCCACAUCUGUACUUCCAAGUCCUGGCGCUGACGGGACAAUUUGAGGUGGCUAUUGAGUUCCUGUCGCGCUUUGAACGCUUCCGGCCGCAUGCUGUGCACAUUGCUCUGGCUCUGAGUGAGCUGGGAAUGCUCGGGGGGUCCCGGGAUGUGCGUCAGCCUCUCCUGUCCGUCGAUGCGGAGGAUCCUCCGCCGCUGCGACGUCUCAAUCUCGCUCGCCUCGUCAUGCUGUACGUGAAGAAGUUCGAGAUUACCGACCCGGCGGAAGCCAUUCAGUACUUCUUCUUCCUGCGCAAUCUCCUGGACAGCGAUGGGAGGAAUCUCUUCCUGCUGAGUGUCACAGAUCUCGCCAUUGAAUGCGGGGAAUACGAUCUCAUCUUUGGGAAGAUUCAAGUCAAUGGGAUCCGCUCCCGGGGGUUGAUUGAUCAAUUCGAAUCAGUCCAGGUGGAUCCCAAGGCGGCGUGUCAGAUGGUAGCUGAUGAGCUGGUGAAGAAGGGAAUCUUCGAGAAUGCCAUAAAGAUGUUCGAUUUGGCGGAGAAUCACGAGCAAGUGCUCAACUACACGUCAAUCCUCCUCAGUCAGGUUGUGAGUCAGCCCAGCAAGCGAGGAUCACUGCGGGAGAGGAUCCAGAUAGCCACGAGAGACAUCAAGGAUCGCUAUGACAUUGAUGAAGUGAAAUGUGAUCCGAAAACUGUGUCAACAUUCGUCAUUCUCUACGAUCUCCUCAAGUUCUUCGAUGAGUAUCACGAGAAGAAGUAUCAGCUGGCCCUGGAGACGCUGGCCAGGAUCAACCUGGUACCCUUCACAAUGGCUGACCUCGAUAGCUGCCUCAGGAACUUCAAAGAGCUCAGAGUAGAAGUCUGCAAGGUUUUCCCGGACAUCCUGCUGGCAACAAUGGACAUCCUCCAUUCGCAGUAUCGCUCAAUCAAAGGUAAGGGUGUUCAGACUCCAUUUAGCCCCUCAAUGACAGGCGAAAGUGCCCUGGCACGUCUCCGGGAACAAGCAAAGGCCCUAACAAGCAUGGGAGCCACAAUUCCCUACAGAAUGCCCGGCGAUACGAACAACAAGCUCGUUCAGACGGAGAUUCUCAUGCACUGAGCCAGAUAAUUUAGCUUUUUUCCUCCUCUUUUUUUUUAUUAUUCAAUUAUUUUCCUGAUUAAAGAAGUGAACUUGAAA